GCUGCGAAAGGCUUCAACCUCACAACUCGUCAUCCACGCAGAGAGAGAGAGAGAGAGAGACGCCCUUCCGAAAGGGAUCCUCUUCCGUGAACGGUUGCACCGUGCAGACGCCAGCAAAAUGGCACAGAAAAACACGGCGAGGAAUCGGAAAGAGCGAAAUAGCUGGGGCGGAUUUUCAGAGGGAAGUUUCAAUUGGACAUCAGAAGAUGAAGCAGUGCAGCAAGCCAGACCAGUUCAGAUUCUUGUUGUUAAUGAUGACCAUACUUUUGAACUGGAUGAAAUGGCUCUCAACAAAAUCCUUCUUUCAGAAGAAGUUAGAGAUCGGGAAGUGGUUGCCUUAUCUGUCGCUGGUGCCUUCAGGAAAGGAAAAUCAUUUCUUAUGGACUUCAUGUUGAGAUAUAUGUACAGUCAGGAUCGCAAUAACUGGUUAGGUGAUGAUGAUGAGCCUUUGACUGGUUUCUCUUGGCGUGGAGGUUCAGAGCGAGAAACUACUGGGAUUCAGAUAUGGAGUGAAGUGUUUCUGGUAGACAAGCCUAACGGAGAGAAGGUUGCAGUAUUGCUGAUGGACACACAAGGGACUUUUGAUAGUCAGUCAACUCUGAGAGAUUCUGCUACAGUAUUUGCACUUAGCACCAUGAUAAGUUCGAUGCAGGUAUAUAACUUGUCACAGAAUAUUCAAGAGGAUGAUCUUCAGCACCUACAGCUCUUCACUGAAUAUGGACGUCUAGCUAUGGAAGAAACAUGUCAGAAACCAUUUCAGUCACUUAUAUUUCUAGUCCGUGACUGGAGUUUUCCAUAUGAAUUCAACUAUGGUCUUGACGGAGGCUUCAAAUUCCUAGAGAAACGUCUGAAGAUAUCAGAAAACCAGCAUGAGGAACUUCAGAAUGUCAGGAAACAUAUUUAUUCUUGUUUUACAAAUAUUGCCAGCUUCCUGAUGCCACACCCUGGUUUGAAAGUGGCUACCAAUCCUAAUUUUGAUGGACGUCUAAAAGAAAUAGAUGAGGAGUUUAUAAAGCAUCUGAAGGUGCUGGUUUCUUGGCUCCUGUGUCCUGAGAACCUUGAGUUGAAAGAAAUCAAUGGGAAUAAAAUAACAGGUCGAGGGCUUGUGGAGUAUUUUAAGGCAUACAUAAAGAUCUAUCAAGGGGAAGAACUGCCACACCCCAAGUCCAUGUUACAGGCUACAGCAGAAGCAAACAAUUUAGCAGCUGUAGCAGCAGCCAAAGAUCUGUAUGGUAAAAAAAUGGAGGAGAUCUGUGGAGGAGACAAACCGUUCCUUGCACCAAGUGACCUCCAGAGUAAACACUUGGGACUCCGAGAAGAAGCUGUCAAAUUAUUCCGUGGAGUUAAGAAGAUGGGAGGAGAGGAGUUCAGUCGCCGCUAUUUGCAACAACUGGAAAAUGAAAUUGAUGAGUUGUACAUAAACUACAUAAAACACAACGAUAGUAAAAACAUCUUCCACGCUGCCCGUACACCAGCCACUCUAUUUGUGGUAAUAUUUAUUAUGUAUGUCAUAGCUGGCGUGACAGGAUUUAUUGGAGUGGACAUUAUAGCCAGUCUGUGCAACAUGAUAAUGGGGCUGGCUCUGAUCACCUUGUGUACCUGGGCAUAUAUUAGAUACUCUGGAGAAUACAGAGAACUUGGAGCAGUCAUCGACCAAGUAGCAGGGGCCUUAUGGGACCAGGGAAGUACUAAUGAGGCUCUCUUCAGGCUAUAUGAUGCAGCUACAAGCCACAGACACAUUUAUCACCACACCUUCCCUGCUGCACAACCAGAAAGCAAUGCAGAUACCAAGAAGAAAAAAUGAUUUGACUGGGUUCCUCUGCUGCACAUUCACAAGGGAAAUCUUCCAUUAUUAUUGUGCAUUCCCACGCCACUAAUCCAAGAAGUGCUAUAUAAAUGGAAAGCCAAUGAUAUGAUAGCUUGUAACUGAAUGAAAUCAUGUACCAACACUGAACACUGUGCUGGUUUCACUUAUAGUUAUGUUGCAAAUUGUAUUGUGAAAAUGUGCUAGUUUGCAUGAUUUUGUUAACUGUUGGUAUGAGUCAAAUGUUCUUCCAUCAAGAAUGUACAACUAAUGAUUUUUCAUCACUUUAAAGAACUUCUGGUACCUGGUAUUUUGUUUUUUUUUCCAAUGGAACAUUUGUCUUCCGUAAGAACUUUAAUUUUCAAUGUAAGCACUGCACACUUAAAACAUUUACUAUUUAUUGAAUGUUAAAACCUGUUUUGGAACUCAAUUUCUUUACUGUCUUAAGAUUGCAAUAGAGUAUAUGUUUAAAAAAACAUUUUUGCUCCUAGCUACAGCAGAAUGUUUCAACAAGAAAAAUAAAUUUGUUUUAUUACUUUAUGUCAGCUCAUCUUAACAAAUCAUUGUGUCCUGAUAAAAUAUUGAGGUCAACUUUAAAUGCAACAUUUACUUUAGUUUAAGACCAAAAAUAGCAGCCAGCAAGACCAGAAUGAUAUGUUACCAUUACGUUUAGUAAAAAGAGCACAAAUACAUUCAUACAAUGUCUAAAUUAAUUAGUUGCUGAAUUCUAUUUUGUUUCUGUUUUCAUUCUGUAAAUAACAGUUCCUAUGCACAAAUGUAACCCUGAAUUUCCACAUAGUAGGUUGUUUCUUGUCAUGGAAAAUGAUUCAAAUAAUCAGUCAGAUGUCAAAAAGUAAGGGAAUUUAUGAAAUGGGGAAAAACAGUCCAUAAGAGAGAGAUUUCUGAAAUUCAUAUAAAUUUUACCCUGCACUCCACCAAAAGCAGUUUUAACUUGUGGCAAUACAAGCAUACUUGUCCAGGUAUACAGAAAAUCAAACUUGAAGAACAAUCUCCUGGUAAAGCUGUUACUUUCUGGUCUGUUGAGUGCUGCCAAAAAUCUUUGUUGACUUAAUGAUUAGCCAAUAUCAAUGAAGGCAAGCAGAUCUUUACCAAUAGGAAAUAUGAAAGUUAAUAUUUCUUCAGAUAAAGCUCAUAAGGCCUCCUUACCCAAGUACAAAUAAUAAAAAACACCCUGCACAUUUGUAAAAACUCAACUGUGUUGAACAUUAGAUGUGAUUCUCCAAAUGAAAAACAUUCGCUACGUAACAUUGAUUGUGCCAAGAGUGAUGUUGACAAUCAUUUUAGGAUUGUCAGUCAGGUUUGUAGUGUGGCACAUUUGCACACAGAGGAAGGUGCAUAUUUUGUUACACCGCCCUAUUUUUAACAGAAAGAUAAUGUAUAAACAUUCCAUUCCUGUUUAACUCAAAACAGGUGACAACUUAUCUCUGGUUCAUUUCUUACAACAAUGCUUUGAUUAAUCAUAGUCAACCCAUUGUGAUUUAAAACUUAAAAGUUUGGCGGUUAACUGUCAAUCAUCAUCUAACUGUGCAUUUGCCAUGGCAAUACCGCGGCCAGAAUCCGCAUGUUAAUCAAUCGGGAUUCUCAUUCACACAAUGACAAUGUUGUUUCGCUUUUUAUAUUUGUAUUUAUUGCAAAUUACCUGGAUUAGUACAUGAUGAAAGCUUCAACAAAAUCGUUAUUUUUCAGCAGUACUCAAUUUCUGUAUUACCAAGGAACUAAUGAAAAAUUACUUUCAGUGCUAAAUCAACUGUCCAUAAUUAAGAGCUUUUGUUUCAAUUCUGUUUAUGAAAUGGUAAACUAAGACAUUGAUUGCCUUAUCAGGGGGUCAAUAAUGCAAGUAAAGGUAAGAUGUUAGGGUAGUUAUUUUGGAAGCAUGAGCUCAGUUAGUCUAAAGGAUAUUAUUCAUGCAAGUCUAAUUCUAGAAAUAACUUGUUUGAUAUUUUUAACAUUUCUAUCUUUGCCUCCCUUAUUAGGUUUCUAACUAUUCAUUUUUGUAUAUUAUUUCUUGUCAUGUUUUGUUUAUUGCUGGAAAGAACAAUUUGUCGAAGCAUUUCAUCUUGGACUCAAGACCGUUGUAAGAAUAUCAGUGAAAAGGACAACAUCGUUGUAAACAUUUUUUCUAAUUAACCUGUUCAGAGAUGCUUUUACACACCUAUAGAGCACACAGGAUUUUAAUCCCAAUCUCCUGUCUCAGAGGUAGGGACACUGUCACUGUGCUAAAGGAGUCCAGGGAACAAAAUUGUGUGCUGUAUGAGAUAAGAGCACUGAUUAAUGACAAGUGGACUCUGAAUGAUAGCAGAUUGCCAUGGAAAAUGCACCAGUUAGAUGAUAACUGCCAGUUAACUGGCACACUUUGCUUAAAUUUAAAACAGGCAGGUCGCCUUAGAUUGGAUUGACACUGUCAUGUAGAAUGAAUGCAAGAUUGACUGUUGCCUAUUUUUUGUUCAUUGAAAUAGUUGCAGUCUGUGCAUAUGCUCUUUCUGUCUAUAGAUAAAAGGGUCCAGUAUAGUAAUACAUAUAACAUCCAGUACAUGCAAGUAUAUCACACUGAGGCCCAAUUGACGGUCAUUGUAUUAGUUGUCAGUGUAAUAUUAACUGUCAAAUGCCUACUCCUGCUAAUGUUUCAUCGUAUUGCCUUUUCUAGUUCACUUUAUUCAUUCACUGUUACCUUUACUCACAACAAAUCUUUCCUGUUUUGUCAAUUCAACUUUUUCCAGAACUGAUUAAAAAUUGCCGUAGUAACACAUUGUAGUAACUAUGACCAAUGAUUACUAACAGCAACAAUUUGGUGUGAAAGGUUCAUAUAAUUGGAGGUACAUGUGUGGAGUCCAAUUAAUUUAAAUGUUCUUAAUUAUAAAAAGCAAGUUAACAAAAGCAGAGAUGCCAAAAGCAUGUUAUGGAACAUUCCAUUUUCAAAAUACAUUAAAAACUAAUUUCAACAUUCUUAAACUUAUAAAUACAAGUUUAAAAAGGAAGCGUUGCCUCAAUUCAGUUCACUAGAUGCAAAUAAUUCAGUACAUAUAAUACUAAUUUAAAAAUUGUCGCACAAGGGCUUUCAGUAUAAAGUAGUAGCACUAAUAAAAAUUAACUUAAUUUUAUGGUACCAAAACUGUCUCUCGUUAACACAUGCCAAUUCCUUUAGGUUUUUUUUAGAAAUAGAAUCAGGAUUGUAGUAGUUUAAGUCUAUAUCAAUGUUAUUUUAUAUUUUGGGAGCAUUAUAAAGCACAUACGAACUGUCUGCCUAAUAAACUAAUUAGUUUUGUCAUUAAUGAUAACAUACUGCAAGUAUGUGGUUUUCUUAGACACUGUCACAGUCCAAGUGGCCUCAUCACAUUCACAGGGUUGCAAAUAUUGCAAAUGUGCCAUAAAACUUCAAAGCCUUCUCGAUCAAAGAUUACCACAUCUCUGAAUGUUUACACUACAAAUUUCAAAAGAUGACAGUUGCACUAAUUUGACUAUCUGUUUAAGUGAAUAUAAAAAUAUUCCCAUCUCUCCUGACAACAGACUGUAUUUAGAGUGUUAUCUGUAAUUCUACCAAACUUAGUUGGCCCCAGUGUUAUUUGUUGAUAUUAGUGUGGUCUCAUUCUUUGCACUUUUAUAAAUUUCAGUUUGAAAUGUGCAAGCUGAAAUGUAGUUAAAUUCUAGCAAAUAUUGUAAUGACAGUGCAAACACAGCAAUUUAUUCUUGCCUUAUUGUAACUGUAAAUCAUUUGAUAAAUAAAUACUUAGUGAUAUAGUGA